AUGUUCAGGACGCCGCUGGCAGCAUCGAGGACAAUCUCUCGCCGUCUCUGCGUCUCCCGAGCGGCGCAAUCAUAUCACACAGGUGCGCGGAAUGUGGUCAGGAACCCCGCCAGAAGCGUACAUUCGACAUUCAUCAAAUCCAAUGGUGCAAGCUGGGUAAUCCGUAGGGGUUACGCUGACGCCGCCGGAUCGAAGUUCUCUCGGGCAAAACCCCAUCUCAACAUUGGCACCAUUGGUCAUGUCGACCAUGGCAAGACGACCCUGACGGCCGCAAUCACCAAGGUUCUCGCAGAGCGCGGCGGCGCCAAAUUCACUGAUUACGCCGACAUAGACAAGGCGCCAGAGGAGAAGGCUCGUGGUAUCACUAUCAACUCGUCGCACGUCGAAUACGAGAGUGAAACACGACACUACGGACACAUUGAUUGCCCAGGACAUGCUGAUUACAUCAAGAACAUGAUCACUGGUGCUGCUCAGAUGGACGGCGCCAUUAUUGUUGUGUCUGCUACGGAUGGUCAGAUGCCUCAAACGAGAGAGCAUCUGCUCCUUGCCCGCCAAGUUGGUGUCAAGAAGCUGGUAGUCUUCAUCAACAAGGUCGACCAGAUCCAGGACCAAGAGAUGCUGGAGCUUGUGGACAUGGAAAUGCGAGACCUGCUUUCAACAUACAACUUCGACGGAGAGGAAACUCCUAUCAUCAUGGGCUCUGCUCUUGCUGCGCUUGAAGGCCGGAAUCCGGAUAUUGGUGCCGACAAGAUUGUCGAACUGGUCCGUGCCUGUGAUCUUGAGAAACCCUUCCUCCUGCCCGUAGAAGAUGUCUUCUCCAUCUCGGGUCGUGGGACUGUCGCUACUGGCCGUGUGGAGCGAGGCGUCUGCCACAAGGGUGAUGAAGUUGAGGUGGUUGGUUUGGGCGAUAGCUUCAAGACCACUCUGACCGGUAUUGAGAUGUUCCACAAGGAGCUUGACAGAGGCGAGGCCGGUGACAACAUGGGUGUCCUGCUCCGUGGUGUCAAGCGUGAACAGAUACGGCGUGGACAGGUCAUUAUUGCUCCUGGUAGCAUCAAGGCCGUCAGGAAAUUCCAAGCUCAAAUCUACGUCUUGACCAAGGACGAAGGUGGUCGCUACACCCCUUUCAUGGACAACUAUCGGCCCCAGCUCUUCUUGCGUACGGCAGAUGUGACCUGUGGCCUUCACUGGCCAGAAGGAACAUCGGAUGCUGCUGAGAAGAUGGUCAUGCCCGGUGACAACGUCGAGAUGAUCUGUGACCUGAUGCACGACGUGGCGGCGGAGAUUGGUACUCGCUUCACUCUCCGCGAGGGAGGCAAGACAGGUUUGUUUCUUCGUUAUGUCGAUUCACGCAGGCUGACUUCAUCUUUUUUGGAGGAGUAUAUAUCUCAUAUUAGUGCCACAUCGGUGUCUAUGCACGAUCCCCACUCAACUCCAAAAGUAGAGAGCGGGCUAACACGCCUGUCGACUUGCCGUACCGUACCAUAUAUCGCAUCGCUUAGCACACUUGCCUUGACUGAACGUAAUGGAUUCACUGACGCUUCCGAAUUAUUGCGUAUACUGUCGGUGCUAGAGCGCAUGGCCGAAAAAUACGUACGAAUUUAUGGAAUUGGGUGCACCGUGAGCGGACAGCCGUCGGGGUCGCGUCUCACAGCAAGUCCCCAGGGGCCAGAGCGUGCAGGGUUUUCGGGACACGACUUGUGCGCGUUUCUCGAUCGUCCGGGUUGGCUCCAACCUCCAGCUACCAUGUUCUCCGCAAUCCGCCUGGCCUCUCGCUCGAGCUCGUCUGCCGCUGCGGUGCGCACCGCCCGCAGACCAGCGGCGGGCGCGUUCCGCACCCCGUUCAUGCGCACGCUCGUCACGAAGAGGUAUACGGAGGACCACGAGGCCGUCGUGUUCGACGACAGCACCAUGACGGGGACGGUGUACAUCACGAACUAUGCCCAGUCGAGCCUGGGAGACGUCGUGUUCGUUGAGCUGCCCGUGGAGGGCAGCACGGUCGCGCAGGGAGACCAGAUUGGGGCCGUGGAGAGCGUCAAGGCUGCCUCUGAUAUUUACGCGCCCAUUUCUGGCACAGUCGCCGAGGUCAACAGCGGGCUGGCCGACCAGCCCGGUCUGCUCAACAAGUCUCCAGAGGACCAGGGUUGGUUGUGCAAAAUCAAGGUCAACGAUGCGGCCGAGAUCGAGAAACUGCUGACGGAAGACGCGUACAAGGCCCACUGCGACUCGUGA